UUUUUUAGUUCGAGCAGGAUAUGAUGUGAAAGAGUCGAAGGUGACCAAGUCUUCCCCUCGCCAGGGUACUACUUAGCUUGAAUUGUUUCUAUGUCUGUAGAUUGGGUUCCAGUGAGCCAUAACUGUUGCAAAAAUGUCGUCCACCGGCAAGCGCCCUGAACAUGAUGCGAGUGCAACUGGCCAAGUUCGGGAUGCGGAUGGACCAGAACAGGCUGGCGCACUUUCCCUCGGGAGUACUGUAAUAGCGAGCGCGAUUGCUGCAUGUUUCGGUAAGACGGCGACGCACCCUUUGGAUACCUUGAAGGCACGCAUUCAAGUCGAAAAUUCGAAUUUGCAGAGUGGAAAAUCAUCCUCAACCUCAGCAACUAGAACUCGCAACUACCUUUCGUCUUCGGUAGUGCGUCGGGAGCUCGCUGGCUUGAGUAGCUAUAGGCAAUUAUGGGCGGGUUUUCCUGUCGCAAUCAUUGGCUCGUUGCCCGCGGGAGCACUGUAUUUGACGAGCUAUGAGCUAGUACGCCGGGACGCAUUCUUCAAGUCGCUUUUUAGAGGACAAUCGUCAUCUUUUUCUUCAAGCUCUACGACUAGUACCUCGUCGUCUACCUCGACCUCCAACGAGAACAACGCACAUCCUCAUGAAAAGUCUUUCGUCGUCGAUUUUUGUGCGGGUUUCAUCGCAGAGACCGUAUCGUGUUUGCUCUGGUGUCCGCUGGACGUGAUGAAAGAGCGCCUACAGGUCCAAGAUAAAUUAGGCCUGUACCGUUAUCAAGGCACUUGGGACGCCGCAACCCAAAUCAUUCGAAACGAAGGAAUACGAGGGCUGUAUCGCGCCUAUGGGGCGACGCUGGCAGCAUUUGGUCCGCAGACAGCGAUAAACUUGGCUCUGUACGAGCAGUUGGAGAACCGUGCGCUUGUCCAUCUCAGCAGGACAAGCACGGAAAAUGAGAACAAAAGUGAAGAGAACCACAGUCCCCACAAGCCGCCGUGGCUCACCUUCGGAUGUGCCUGUGCUUCUGUUGUGGUUUUUGGUGAUUUCUUUUACUAGAUUUCUACGGGUGACCUACUUAGAUUGAUAGACUGUUUGUGACACAAGGAGAAAAACCGUCAUAAGCGAAGAACCAUUCUAAUUCUUGCUGUGUAGCUGCUUUCGUGACUACGCCUCUUGACGUUGCGCGACUUCGAAUGCAGGUAGUACGACGGAAGGGGACCACCGCAGCUUCUUCGACUACAAAUUCUACAUCUGCCUCACAACCGCGUCUCUGGAAUUACAAUCAUUUCGUGGACGCUAUCGGCACGAUGGCGCAAGAAGAGGGGCCACGGUCGCUCUUUAAGGGUGCGGGCGUGAGGUGCGCACUUUGGGUGCCACAGACCGCAAUAUUUUUGGCAACCUUCAAAUACCUUCUGCCUCGUUUGGGUGAAUGAGAGGAGCGAGACCAAAACCAAAUCGAGCAACCAGGUGAGCAUGACUUGCGAUCGGGUGUUCAACGCGAAGGCAUUUCCUGACAUUUGGGCUCGGAGAUUGCUAAACGACCUAUUCUUCUGAGGGCCUCAGGUAGAAGUCGGAUGACACUGUCGGUGCACCACUGAGCAGUCGAAACUCUGUCUUGGCAACUACAAGAAAAUACGCUGGGGCAUUGCUGAGCCAUCCAGACGGCAACAAGGAAAUGUGCAUUGUCGUUCACUUAUUUUCAAGGAGGACGAAACUCCAGCGUUUGCGGUUCGCAGAUCGGCUGCUUUUUCGCCUUGUCGCGACGUGGCCUGGACGACUCCACCGUGGUUGCCCCCGCUGCGCGCUCUUCUGCUCGGGGUGUACCUGGUCCCGGCCGCGUGUUUGGGUGAGUUCAAUCGUAGUCGCAAAAAGGGCCUCGUGGAUGGGGACAGGAUGGUGUAAUGACACCGUACUGGAACUCCGAAAUCUAUGCCUACCUCCCGAUUUGAUGCUUUGACGCAAAGAGUACCAUCUCGCUGCGGUGCGGUCUACAGCUGACGCGCGAAGGUCGUCUGCUUUACAGCUUCGGUAGCUGCUCGUCGCGUGCAAAAAGCGGACAGGUUCCUUUUUCUUGGGAGUGGUAAGAUAGAAUGCGAGGGCUUAUCCCGUGAGUGGGGAGUUGCAUUCGAAAGUUGCGUGCAGCUUUUGGGAACUCUGGUAGUGCAGAUGCAUCUGCAUGCGCCUGCGAGAGCUUCAUUUUAUGAUGAAGGCACUCUAGAUGAUCGACAGGCUUUUUCCAAUUUGAAUCUGGCCUUUUAAUACAAACAAAAUCUCGAGCGGAGAGUGUGGCUCGUGUCACUUUAAAAAUGUCGCGACUUUGAAAACUUAGAUCUUCACACUCAAAAGGUCGUCUUAUCGUCCUCGAGUUGAGACCUAAUGAAGCAUCAUACACGAAUCAAAAUUCGAUUUCGAAGAAUUAACAGCAUUACACAUCUUGAUGAAACUAUCAUUCCGCUAACAAGUAUGCAUCCUCCGCAACCUCGCUUUCGAGCAAGACAUUUUCAAACAUGAAAAAUAGGCG